UGAAACGGCACGCGGAAACUGUAAAGUCAAUUGCAAAGCGCCAGUUGCUCUCCAAAGUUAGCGGGCUACAUCCACAAACACCACCAUUUCAUGUUAACACCAGCGGGUUCCUUACGUGAGCGGGACUUUGGAUAUUAACACAGAUAGCGUGUCUUAUAAACACACUCACCGAGCUGUCAGCCUCAGGAGAAAGUUAUGGCACAGGACGAGUCGCUGGUCUCCUUGAAUGGGACUCAAAUUUCCUACAUCGGAAAUGACUGCAAGGACAUCCCAGACUUCCUCGGAGACACGUAUGGCAACUUUGCAAAAAGGCUGGAUCUCAGUUUCAAUCAGCUCAGGUCACUGGCGGGCCUCAAAAUGUUCACCGAGCUGGAAGAGCUGGUCGUUGACAACAAUCUGCUUGGAAAUGACCUCCGGUUGCCCAGGUUACCCAACCUCCACACCUUAACACUCAAUAAGAACCAACUGACUGAUAUCGAGGCCCUGCUGGAACACUUGGCUGAUGUGACCCCGUCACUGGAGUACCUGAGCCUGCUGGGAAAUGAGGCCUGCCCCAACCAGCUGGUCAGCCCGGAUAAGGAUGAGGACGACUACCAGAGAUACAGGUACUUUGUUCUGCACAAGUUGCCCCAGCUGAAGUUUCUGGACAGCAGGAAGGUAACCAAAAAAGAAGUGACGGAGGCGCAGGCGAGAGGAGCAUUCAUGAAAGUGGUCAAACCAAAGUCGGAAGCUCUGUCUAAUGAAGCUGGGUCUGAGAGUCACCCACUGCCCUACACUCCUUUGCCUCGAGGAUCCAGAGAUGCCAAGAACCACAAAGGGGUAUUCGCCAAGUGUCGCUACGUCUACUAUGGCAAGCACUCAGAAGGCAACAGAUUCAUCCGAAAUGACCAACUCUGAUGGACAGCUGGUCCGGCAUAAAGAGGGACAUGAGUGACAAAGGAUGUGAACAGAAGGAAAGAGGAUCAAAUCUGUCACUUAUUUAUUGAAACCACUGGUGAUAUGUGAGUCUACUGAUCUCCCACUGGUAGAAAGAUUUAAACGUCAUCAAAAAAAGUUUGUUAUGUCAGGGGAACGGGUUUUUUAAAGUUUCUAUUCCAGCCCCAUAGUUAUGGCCUCCGCUGCUGAGCUGGGUCUGCUUCUGCCUCUCUGCUUCCAGCUCAGAGUCAGAGUCAGAGAUGACACUCCCACUGACAUGAUUGCCUCUAAGCAUCAGCAACCGCACAACUCCAGACACACACAACACACACACACGCAAGGACAGUCUCUCUCUUACACACUGUCAGUGACAAACACACCCAGCCAAUUGCAUCCUUUUCUUUGACAGACAUGAUGGAUCACCCGUCCACUACCGCCACUAAUCAAGGGUGAAAGGGGUGACGGUCACACACCUGGGGCCUGACAUGGACUCAUCUCUCUCUCGCUUCUCUUUCUCUUUACACACACACACACACACACACACACACAUAUAUAUAUAACUGCUGUUUAAAGCAUUAAGACAUUGCAAAGAAUUUGACAGAACAGCCUGUUUUAAUAUUCCAAAGAAUUUCAAUCCAAACCUGAGGCAUGAUCAGUCUGUUUUGUUUAGCUUGUGGCAAUAUGCAGAAUGCUUUGCCUUUUUUUGUUUGAAUUUUAUUGAAUGAAUUUUAUGUUUGUGUCUCUUAGAAAAGAAUGAGAAACUGUCCCCUUUAAAGUCAGACAUGUCUGAUAUCUUAGCAAUGCUUUCUGUUGCAUGUAGGGCUGCCCCCGAAUAGUCGACCAAACGUUAGUCGACCAGAAAGGUUAUUAGUCGACAGGAUUUUAUUGGUCGCUUAUACAAAGAAAAACAUGAAACUCUAUUAGGAGCUGCGCCUUGUCAAAAUAAAUCAAAACUUUUAUGACUGGACCAUGUAGGAAUUUAAUUUGAAUGGACAGACACAGGAAGUGGCCACUUUCAGCAGUCAGACAGGAGUCGUGUUAAUUUCCAGGGCUGGUACCUGCGGUUGUUCCACAGGCUAGUUAAUAACACGUCGGGCAGGAAAUCCAAAGUGUGGGAUCAUUUUGAGAAGGUGAAGGACGAACCCAAGGUGAUAUGUAAACUCAUCUUCAUUGGUCGACUACAAACAUGGCGUAUCAUCUGAAACAUGUCAGUAGCUACAUGCCCAUUAGCCACUUAGCACAAUCAUUACUGCUUUGCCGACAGCGUCAUUAACAGGCGGCUCGCUCAGUGUGUGACGUGCACUUGUAGAUAAAAUAUAGGCCUAUAUUAAUGAAGGUUCAUUAGUACGGUUUUGUAUUUCUCUGUAAUGUAGCACAGUGUUAACAAUGUUACUGAUACUAUUCUUUCUCACACCUUCAACUCAAACCAUUGUGUUGCCCCGCCCAAAAUAUAUCAUUUAGAAUAAUAUCGCAAAACAUGCGGGCGACUAGUACGACUUUUGGUCGACUAAGAAAACUCUUAGUCAGGGAGGUCGGGGGCAGCCUUAGUUGCAAGUGUGUAUGCAUUAGUACAUGUGUUAUUUUCUGGAUGAAAUGCAGCUUUAAAUGUCAAAAACAUUCCAAAUACCAGCUUUAAUGACGAACUGAGUUGUAACCAAGUAUGCAUUCCGGGUGUAUCAUUGUGUAUUUUAGCGCCAUUUUCUCAUGUUGUCUUUCCCACUGUGUUUCUUCAACCAGCUGACUACUUGAUACUGAAAUAUAUAAAAUAUAUGAAAGUAUUAUUAUAAACAAAAUCUAAAACAUAAUCUUCAUAACAAUCAAAUGCACUGUAUUUUUAUGUUUACAUUUUAUAAUAUUUUUAUGAUCACUGUGUAAUGUGUUUAUUACAACCCAAGUCAAAGUUCUGCCAUCUUAGUUAAAGUUCCCCAGACAACCUUCCAAUCUGAAAAUUUGAUAUUGACAAUGUGAUAAAGCUGAUAUGAUAUACAACUGUAUAAGCUGGAUGUCUUGAAGAAAUUCAAAGGGUCAGCUAACGUGUCUCUGGUGAGAUUGAUGCAGAGCUGUAUUUGCUCAGGUUAUAUCUGUCUGCUACCACAAUAAACUGUUUUCCUAAUG